AUGAAAACUAAAACUUUGGGGUUUAUUGUUUAUUACAUUUUAUACUAUUAUGAUCAUUUCUUGAUAGUUUUAGGUGAUAUAAAAGCUUUUAUUAGCAAUGAGACAAGUGACAUUGGUGAAUUCUUAUAUAGAGAUAUUUUGGGGAUAUCUAAUUUUGAAUCCAUUGGACUUCAAUUAUUAGAGGGAGAACUCUUGUUAGAAAAAUUGGAACAUCUAUUGAAUAUUGAUAAACAAUGUGAAUUUACAAGUUUGAAAGAUGAAUUGAAAUCAUCUGAAUUUGAGCAGUUAUCAUUCUUAGCAAUAGAUAAAGAGAUGAGUAACUUUAUAGACUUAUAUAAUGAAUACAGAAAAUAUUUUGUUGACACUUACAUAGUUAAAAAUUCAUUAUUACUUAAUUCCUCACUAGAAUUUGAGUAUAUACCGAAAGAUAUGCAAUUUGAAUUUUUAAAAAGGCUAAAUUUAUUGGAGAUAGAAAAUGAAGAAUAUAUGGAUAAAGAAAUAAUGAAGCAAAGGGAAAAUGGAACUGAAAUGAUUGAAGAUAUAGGUUUUAACUCAGUAGAAAGAGAGCAAAAAAAAGUGAAUCUUAAGAUACCAAUGAAUUUAAUAAAGAAUUCUCAAAAUACAAAACUAAACACUUUGCUCUCCAAAGCAAAAACUUUAUCAAGGGAAAUAAUGAUUUCACAGGAUAUAUCCAAUAAAAAAGAGUAUAUUAAACCUAAAUCAGUUUAUUUACUAAGUUAUGAUAAUACUUAUUAUAUAGAUGGCGAACAAUUAAGAAAAGUUAUUUCAAAUUUAGAGAAAUUAUUGUUGCACUUUUAUAAACAGGUACAACAAGAAAAUUGUAAACAGAUAGCUUGGUUACUAGUAGCUGAUAAAAAAACUAUGAGUUAUAUUGGUAAAUUAUUAAUGAGGUUAUUAGAAGAUUUGAAGAAAAUAAUAUUUCAUUCAAUAGUAGAUAUAUUACCAGAAAUGGAUAUUUAUAAUGAGUCGAUGAUUCAAAUAUAUACUUUAAACAUCAAUGUAAAUGGUUUAUUAAAUACAAUUGAAUCUUUGGAAACUGGAAAGUCAACAUCAUUUGUUUUUUUUGAAGAUUUUAACAGGGAUAUUGGGAAAAUGCUUACUAUUAGAGCUCGUGCAUUGAGUAGCUUAAAAAUUUGGGUGGAUAACAACAGGACUGAAUUAGAGUUAAUUUAUUUUUGGCUUAAAAAUGCUUGCAAUGUUAUGAAUUCAAUAACUAUUUCUUUAAUUAAAUCAGUAUUUGCUUUCUAUAUAAGGAAUAUUGGGGACUCAAUUUUGACUUUCCAAUCAAUUAAAAAUGAGCUAGCUACAACAAAAUCAUUGGAUAGUUCAGAUGAUAAAGACAAAAUAAAUGAAGUAUUGAUUGAAACGUUUAAAAAUGCAUCAUAUUUAUAUCCAAGUACAUUACUGAAAUCUCUUGAUCAAAAAGUAGGUUUAUUAAAUAACUCAGAAAACUAUAACUUAGAGUUAAACUCUCUAUUAAAGAUAUUAGAAGCAAGAUUGGAAAGUACUAUUAACAAAUAUGAAUAUUUUUGCAAACUAUUCACAAAGUAUAUAUUUGACGACAGAUUAUCACUUGAUUAUUUAAAGAAGUUUAUUAGUUCUAUCGUAUCAGUGAUGGAGGAACUAAAAAUGUCUAAUGGAAUACCGGAAAUUGUAAUAUUUUAUAGUCAGGUGAAUGAAGAUGUUCAGAAUUUAGAUAUGAAGAAUAAAAAGAUAUUACAACACCCAUCCCCUCAUCGAAUUAAAUAUAUUAAUAAUUUAGAUAUAAAUUCUGAGUAUAAAUUGAAGCUUGUGAAACUUUCUACUAUGAAGUUAAUUGAUAAAACUUUUCAUUCUAUAGAAUUUAGAGAUUUAGUUCCAAUCCAAAAUACAGUAAUGAAUAUCCGUAAAUUUAACAAGCUGAUAAUUCCAGAUAUUUUAUAUCAAUUAGAAACAUUUGGCAGAAUCUUAACUACAUUCUAUAUGGAAGGAGUUUUAGAUAAUGAAUUAAUUGAACACACUAAGAAUUUUAAAUAUAAUAGCAUAUAUUUGAAUAAGUGUGAUGGAGAAAUCACAAAUCUAAGAUAUUUGAAAGCAAGAAUUAGUAAAAAGUACUCUCAAGUAGCAACAUCAGUAUGGGAGAAAGAAAAACAAAUGUUUAAUCUUACAGAACAAGAUGAGAGUAUGAAAAAUUUGAAUAUAAAAUCUCCAAGUCAAUUUUUUAAUUCGGAUUAUGUGUUGCAGAAAUGUUAUUCUUUAAUACCUAAAUUAGAUACUUCAUAUUCAUAUAGUCCUAAAUUAGGAGAUAUACAUAAAGAAAUAAACAAGAUGAAAUCUCAAUUAGAUUUAUAUUUAAAGGAUAUAAAUUCAAUAUCUUCUAAAUAUAACAAAAUUUUAAAUAUUUCUAAAUUAAAUAAUACAAUUGAGAGUUAUCUAGAUCAAUUAAAAAACCAACUUAAGAUUAAGUGUAGAGAGAAAAAACCUCGUAAAGGUUUAGGGAGAUCGGUAUCUAUUAUUAAUUUAAUCUUUCAAAAAAAAAGGAAAUCAAGUAAGUGUAUAGAGUUAUCACAGGUAUUGGAAGAUACAAGCCUUAAUAUAAAUAAUAUUAUAAAGCAGGCAGAUGAAUUGGUAAACAACAAUUUAGAUAUUUUACGGCAAUGUCAAAAUACUCAAGAUAUAAGCGUCAGCUUAUAUGCACUUUUUAGCAAACAUUCAAUACUUUCAAAUAUAAUAAAAAAUAUAGCUCAGAGUGUUAGCUCGGAAAUAAUUAUAGAUAUUAAACAAAGUAUAGAUAAAGCGUUACAAGAAACUAAAUAUUUAAAAGAUGAGAUUGAAUGUUUCAACAAAUUAGAUGGAAUGCCAAUUAUAGAAAAAAUGAUCAAGAAGUUAAAUAAUCAAAUAAAAGUAGCUAAAAGUGGUAUUGGUGAAGAAAUCACCAAUUUUAUACAACUAAAGGUUUAG